AUGAUGGACAGUUCAAACGCCAACAACAACAAUCCUAGCCUUGAAGGAUUAGGAUCCUCAAUGCAUUCCCCAGUCCAAAACAAUAAUGUGUUAUCAAACAGUGGGUCAACAAUGCCCUGUGGGGGUGAUACGGUAGAAAGAGGAAUAGGAAGAGUAGGAAGAGGAUUGGGCAGUGAAGAUUUAUUGGCUAAUAUAGGGGGAGGAUCGAGCAUUUUCGAUGCUGGAAGGAAGAAACGCUUUUUGGUUUUAUUGAAGAAAAAGGCUUUGGGAGAGGAAUUAAAUAGUAAAUCCGAUGAAGGAUAUGAAAAAGGAAAAAAUAAUAGGUCUGAAGCAAAGAGAGAGGCUAAUAAAAACCAACAAAAUGAAUCUUUGGUGUUUAGAAACAAUUUAGAAUUUGUUGUAAGACAAUCUCCUCAGAAAUAA